UGCCGCUUAUCCGAGGGCUCUGGAGACAACCCGAGUGAGACCGAAGCUUCUCCUCUUUUUACCCCGAGAUACAAGUGUCAAAAUUCAAAAAGUAUAUAGCGCGUUAACGUUGCCUAGCUUGCUCCUGGUCGGUGGGGAUAUGACGCUGCAAACCGUAAAAACAUUGACGGAACGUAUGAGGGAGCGCAAUAUGCAGUUGAUUUCAAGUAGUAAGCUUGACAUAACCGUGAUUUCAGUAGCUGAACGAUUUUUGUUGUUGUGAUUGUUAAGAACAUCGAUACCACUGAAAAACUUCGGAAUGGAGGCAGUACAGCGCCUACCUAUGCUGAGUUUUGCUCGAAAAACGAGCCCAGAACCUACUUCAUUUGGUCCUAAACUGAAACAGUACAUCAGAGAUUUCUAUCAUGAAGAUCCAGAAUCAUACUCCAAUGAAAUACACACAUUGGAAGGGCUGCGAGCUGCAGCUGUGUGUGCUGUGAAGGAUUUCUCUGGUGUUUCAACACUGACACGAUAUUACUGUCAGCUUCAUUUCUUGCAGAGUAAAUUUCCAAUGUUCAAAGAUGGUGCAGCAGCAGUCUCUUUCACAUGGAGAAAUGUGUAUGGAAGUAUGGUUCAUACUAUAGCUGAUAUUCGGUAUGAAAUUUUAUGCAUCCUCUACAAUAUGGGAGCAUUACACACACAGUUAGGUGCCUUGGAUACCAGAGUAUCAGCUGAUGGUAUAAAAAUGUCCUGUGCCCAUUUUCAGUAUGCAGCUGGGGCAUUUGAGCAUUUAAAAGACAGCUUCCCACAGCCAGCAGGAGUGGAUCUGGCUGCAGAUAUUAUACAGUUUAUGUAUUAUCUUUCACUGGCUCAGGCUCAAGAAUGUGUAUUGGAGAAGAGCAUGAUGGAUAAUAGGAGACCUAUAGUAACAGCAAAAGUGGCUGUUCAGUUAGUAGAUUAUUACAGAUCUGCCCUCAACACAAUUACACAAGGAGGUGCAGAUAACUCUUCCAUUCCAGAAACUGUAGGAUCAAAAAUAUAUGAGAAUUGGAAAUGUUAUGCGAAAUUCAAAAUGGUGUACCACACAUGUAUCUCUCUACUGUACCAUGGUCAGGAGGCAGAAGAACAGCAGAAAAUGGGCGAACGAGUUACUUUUUACCAAGCAGCAGCAGAGAAAUUAGAAGAAGCUGUCAGACUUUCAAAAGGAAUGGAUAAUAUUGAGGCAAUAAAUGAAGCCUUAACGUUCACAUAUGGUGUUGUGGAAGGAAAGAAAAGGGCAGCGAAAAAUGAAAAUGAGAUUAUGUAUCAUGAAGAGGUCCCACCCUUGGACAUUCUUUCAGAGCUUAAAGGUGCACCUCUUGUAAAAGGCAUUAUGUUUAAUGUUAGUGAUCCAGAAGUAACAGGAUCUGACAUAUUUGCUCGUUUAAUGCCCAUAAAAGCACAUGAAGUAUCUUCAUUAUCCAGCGAAGCAGAAAUGAAACUGUUGCGAAAAGUUGGUACUGUUAUUGAUGAGGAUGACAAAGAAUUGUCUGUGUUGAUGACCUCACUUCAGCUUGACUAUUUGAAGCAGCCUUCAGAGCCAGAAUCACUUUCACAGGAAGCAACAACAUCAACAUACUCAAUCUUGUCUGGUGGAACUUCAACAAGUAAUGAAAAGAUGAUGAUAACACAACAGACAGAAGCUGAUCAUUCUGAUCAUGCAAUUAAUGAGGCUAUGGAUUUUUCCAUGUCAAAUUAAAAUUAAAAAUGAAAAACUUAACUGAAAAGCCUUUCAAGUUUUUCAUAAGUACAUAAGACUUGAAGUGUGAAUAUGUAUUUUAUAACUAAAUGUGAACAGUAGGAUGCCAGUGGUUGUGUAUGUGUAAAGACGGAGCUAAAUGAUUAUAUCAUUGCCUUUGAUUUAUUGUGUAACCACUUGGUGGUGAUACAAAGAAAUGCCUCAAAACAUAAUUGUAUAAUGUGUGUGUGUAUGUG